GUUUUUGAUUUUUCUCACUUUUUUUUUCAUUUCUUUAUGGUCUAAUGCGGGGAUUGUCCUCCCUGCGUUGGACCCGUUACCCGACUCGGGUCCAUACUCACGCCACCCGGAACCUCUCCUUUGAUAAUUAGCUUUCGUUAUUAUGGGUUGCUUCCACUCCAAGCAUUCUUCUCCCGCUGGUCCUCCACGCCAUCUCCGCCGCCGUUUAGACACCGCUGUCCACCGGAGUCAUCCCCAAAACAACCACAAACCUCAUGUUCUUCCUAGUCCUCCACCUCACCGCCGUGUUGUUAACUCAUCUCCAAAAAAGCAUCGCAAUAAAGACGAUGAUGCUCCAAGAUCGAGGACAACCGGAGUUAGCCUGAGAUCGGGAUUGACGCAUGGCAAUGUAGAGGCUGAGCAGGUGGCGGGUGGUUGGCCUUCAUGGCUCAGCUCUGCCGCACCGGAGGCCGUUCACGGAUGGAGCCCAUUACGCGCAGAGGACUUCGAGAAAAGAGAGAAGAUUGGGCAAGGGACGUAUAGCAACGUGUUCCGGGCUUGUGAGGUAUCGACGGGACGAGUUAUGGCUCUAAAGAAAAUAAGGGUUCAGAAUUUUGAAACUGAAAACAUAAGAUUCAUUGCGAGAGAAAUCAUGAUUUUGAGAAGAUUAGAUCAUCCAAACAUCAUGAAACUCGAAGGGAUCAUCGCGUCACGGAAUUCAAAUAGCAUGUACUUUGUCUUCGAUUACAUGGAACAUGAUCUCGAAGGCUUAUGUUCAUCUCCUGACAUCAAAUUCACCGAGGCACAGAUAAAAUGCUACUUGCAGCAGCUUCUAUUGGGAGUAGAACAUUGUCAUUUACGAGGGAUAAUGCACAGAGACAUUAAAGCAGCAAACAUUUUGGUGAAUAACAAAGGAGUUUUGAAGCUAGCUGAUUUUGGACUAGCCAACAUUGUAACGCCAAGAAACAAGAAUCAGUUAACAAGCCGGGUUGUGACGCUAUGGUACCGUGCACCUGAACUUCUAAUGGGUUCCACGAGUUAUAGCGUAUCAAUCGAUCUUUGGAGCGUGGGAUGUGUUUUCGCUGAGAUUCUUACCGGAAGACCACUUCUUAAAGGAAGAACAGAGAUUGAACAACUUCACAAGAUUUAUAAACUCUGUGGACCACCAGAUGAAGAAUUUUGGGAAAAGAACAAUAAGCUUCAUUCUCAAACUAAGAUGUUUAGACCACAACAUCAAUAUGAAGGUUGUCUGAGAGAAAGUUUUGAGGAGUUUCCAAAAACAGCAGUUAGUCUUCUGGAGAAAUUAUUAUCCACUAAUCCUGAGAAACGAGGAACUGCCUCUUCUGCUAUCAUGUCAGAGUAUUUUAACACAAAGCCUUACGCUUGUGAUCCAUCGACUUUACCUAAGUACCCUCCUAACAAAGAAAUGGAUGCUAAGUAUCGUGAAGAACUUCAACGAAGGAGAAGAGUUGGUAUAAGGAAAAGAGAUAACUUGGCACCCAAGAAAUCAGGGAAAUCACGUAGAACAAUCAAAGAGCCUACGAAUCUCAACAAGUUACCAACCCAACAGGAAGGAAAGAAGGAAGCUGAGACAGAGAUCAUUGUCCAGACACCAUCGGAGACAUCUCAAGCGACGACUCGAAGCGAGUUUCCUUACACCGGUUUAUCUCAAACCACGGCGCCGGCAAGCGGGUUCGCAUGGGCUGGAGCGAAGAAGAGGAAAGAAAACGACGCAGCUUCAACGCUGACUUAUAAUCAGCCUGCAGGAUCAGCGAGUCAUGUCAGUGGUAUGAGCAUGGCAUUUGCUAAGAACACUUUCGGGCUAACAAUAAAUGAAGACAAACCGAACUUGCUUAGGCCGCACGUUUCUCUAGACUCCUCUGACGUGUUGCUGUUCCCUGGCGUGCAUCACAAGAAGUUGGAUACGGGUUUGACGAAUGCUGGGGCGAAUCCGAAGAUUUUUCAAACUAAUGGGAUGAAUGAGAUACUACGGAGGACUGAAAGUGAUGCCAUUGUCGAUGUUCGAAGACCGCCAAGAAUAGAAAGAGGUUAAAAAUGACAGAAAUAAUCAAUAUUACGUUUAGCAAAUGUCAUAUUUAUAUAUAUCUUUACUUUGCAUCAUUUGUAGUUCACACAUUAAAAACUUGUCACAAACAAACAA